UUAGAAAAGUGUGAGGUGGCAGCCGUGAGACAACAGCUGUCAUUAUGGAACACCAGAAGCUCAAUUUGAAGCGCGAAGUGAGCCUAGUGGGGGCUGUGUCCCUCAUUGGGGGGACAAUGAUCGGCUCGGGGAUCUUCAUGUCACCGCAGACGGUGCUCGCCACCAUUGGCAGCCCAGGAGCCAGCAUGGUGGUGUGGGCGUGCUGCGGCCUGCUGGUCAUACUCGCUUCUUUUUGCUACGUCGAGCUGGGGACAGUCAUAAGAGAAUCGGGGGGCGAGUACAUCUACAUCCUGAAGACGUCAGGCCCGGUGGUCGCCUUCAUGUUAAUCUUUAGCUCCGUCUUAUUCGUGAGACCUGCUGGUGUUGUUGGCAUCGCUCUUAGUUUCGCUCAGUACGUCGUGGCUCCUUUUUACCCGGAGUGUGCGCCUCCAGUGCUGCUCGUCAAGUGCGUGGCGGCCGCUGCAAUUCUAACUUUAGCUACAGUUAACUGCCUUAACGUCCGAUUCUCGAUGUCCGUGCAAGUGUUUUUUAUGGUGGCCAAGGUCCUGGCACUGACAGUCAUUAUAAUAGGAGGCGUGGUGAUGUUGUGUAGAGGACAGACUGACAACUUUACUGACUCUUUUGAAAACACCAAUGUUGGCAUCAAUCCAAUUGGAAUUGCUUUCUACCAGGGGCUGUGGUCCUAUGACGGCUGGAAUAAUCUCAACUAUGUAACAGAGGAACUUAAACGUCCUGAGGUGAAUCUUCCAAGGGCGGUUAUCAUCGCCAUUUCCAUGGUGACGUUUUUGUAUCUGCUGGUGAACGUCAGCUACCUGACAGUAAUGACGCCCAAGGAGCUUGUUUCCUCCAGUGCGGUGGCGGUGACAUGGGGGAACAAAGUGUUAGGGUCCUGGGGAUGGAUCAUGUCCAUAGCUGCAGCUUUGUCAGCUUUUGGCUCAUUGAACGGAACGUUCUUCAGUGGCGGUCGCGUGUGCUUUGUUGCUGCACGGGAAGGACACAUGCCAGACAUCCUGGCCAUGGCUCAUGUGCACAGACUGACUCCCUCUCCGGCACUGAUCUUCACCACCGUGGUCUCACUGCUUGUGCUCAUACCCGGAGACUUUCAGAGUAUUGUCAACUUCUUCAGUUUCACGGCUUGGUUUUUCUAUGCCAUCACACUGUCUGGGCUCCUCUAUCUCAAGAUUAAGAAGCCGGAGCUCCCCAGGCCAUAUAAGGUUCCCAUUAUUCUGCCCAUACUGGUCCUCAUCGCAGCAGUGUUCCUGGUGCUGGCUCCCCUCAUCGACGACCCUCAGAUUGAAUACCUCUAUGUGACGUUAUUCAUCUUCAGCGGGAUUCUAAUCUAUAUCCCUUUCAUUCAUUACAAGCUCUGCCCAGGCUUCUUGGAUAAGCUAACAGUAUUCCUGCAGCUGUUUUUACAGGUUGCCCCUGCAGAAAAAAACCUGUAAAAAAGACGCUGGGUAAACAUUCUCUCAGUGCAAAUAAUCAGUACGUUAUUGAAGAAGAACACACGCACACACAUUAAAGAGGAACAGGAGGAAGAGUGUCUCCUAGGGCAGCAUGAACACAAACCACCUGAGUCCCCACAACUCACAACACAGUCCAAGUAAGGAGAACGAAAGGGUGGAGCCUACAAGCACCAGCUCACCACAAAACCAUAGGGCUCGAGAAGGCAUGUGAUUUCCUAAUAUAUUGUGGGUGCCACAUUUCUGCUGGA